AUGAAGCUCUCUAUCAUCGGUUCAGCAGCCCUUGCGGGUCUUGCCGUCGCGCACUCUUCCUCGUCGACUACUAUCAAGUACACUGCUGUUCCAGGAUACUUCCUGCAGGAUGAGGCUGCGACUGAUCCCACUACCUUUGACUACACCGCGGAGAACUUCGGCUUGAUCAGCCGCUCAUACUCUGGAGACAAGGAUCACAAGCGACACAAGUCUCUCACUCAAUGGGAGCGCUUCUACAACGAGGUCACCAAGUUGAAUGACGGUUCCAAAAAAGAUGUCGAGUACAAGGUUAUGUUCCUUGGUCGUCACGGAGAAGGCUGGCACAAUGCCGCCGAGACCUAUUACGGAACCCCAGCCUGGAACUGCUACUGGUCCGAACUCAGCGGAAACAGCACAGCAACCUGGGCCGAUGCCGUCCUCACCCCCGGAGGUGUCGACCAAGCCCUCAAGGCAAACCAGUUCUGGAAGAAGGAGAUUCGCGAACAGCGAAUCCACACUCCUGACCUCUACUACGUCAGCCCUCUGACCCGCGCGCUGCAAACCGCCGACUUGACUUUCACCGACCUCAAGAUGCCCAAGGGCAGCGCCAACUUCAAGCCUACCAUCAAGGAGAACUUCCGCGAGGGAGUCAGCGUCCACACCUGCGACCACCGCCGCAGCCGCAGCUACAUCCACAAACUGUUCCCUCGCUGGAGCAUUGAGAAGGGCUUCUCCGAGAAUGAUGAGCUCUGGAACGGCGUGACUGCUGAAUCCAGCGGUGCCCAGGAUGUCCGUACCACCGACGCAUUGAACGACAUCUUCUUCAGUGAGUCCAAGAAGAAGUCGUUUGUCUCGGUUACUGCGCACUCUGGUGAAAUUUCCUCCAUUCUGCGUGUGCUUGGUCACCGUGCUUUCAAGCUGAACACCGGUGCUGUUAUCCCCGUUCUCGUUAAGGCUGAGAAGGUUAAGGGUAAGAAGCCCACUGCCACUGUUACUUGGGAUGUCAGCCCCCACUGCACUGAGCCCCCUCUUGCAUCAACCACUGCUUGCAUCUGUCCUUCCGGUGCGGAGCCUGUUACCACCCCUCUGGCUACUGGAUUUUAG